AUGGUGAAGGCGUUUCGAGCGCGAUGUGUGCUUGGAGGAUUGAUGUUGGCUUUGGCCCUUUCUGGUACCCGAGGGCUUAUAGAAAUUGUAGAAGAACAGCGAUGUCACAACUUCGAGUUCCGACUGACCUGUCGAGAGCUCGACACUCAUAUCGCAGUUCUAGAAGCAUGGUACACCUCCACCGACGACUACCAUCGUACCUCGAACGAAACUCCAACUCACGCCAAACUGAUACACAACGAAAACGAUUCAGAACUCGAUCGCGUAUACGUUUAUUCUAGUCCAAAACACAACGGCGUGUAUGAGUUAACCAAUCAUUCCAGUUUUGAAAAUGCUUCCUUACAAACACAAAACGUGAACAGUUCCUUUGAUUUUUAUAAGUUAUUAAAUGAAAGUUGGUCAAAUGAUACGUUGGAUUUUGAUAAUGUGGACAUGACAGUGGAUUUUGUGAACGCGAGUGAAGAGUGUGGUGUAGUUACGUACGCUCGUAGUUACGGGAGUUGGCAUGAAGGGGACAAACGUCGGCGACCUGUAUCCAGAAGCUCGUCCAUUAAUUUGCGAGCACCUUUAAGUUAUCGG